AUGGUGACCAUCGAAUCACUGACGAAGGAACAGUUGAAGGACUUCUUACAACAGCAAGAGUUAUCAACUACAGGCAAUAUGGCAGAAUUAGUUGCAAGAUUAACUGAACACGUGAAGGCAAGCGGCGUAGUUUUACAAUUUACGAACGAUAAUGAGGAAUUGCGGGGGGAAAACGAAGAAUUGAGAAAACAAAUUAGAGAACUGAGCCAAAUGGUGCAACAAGUGGCCAUUAACCAGAAUAACGGUAGAAACAAUCAAAACAGUACUUCAGAAAUGCCUAGUAAGGACCGUAACGCGCAUUCUAUACGAGAAAUCGCAGAAGUUUUGCCCGAAUUCGACCCAACGAAUGAAGAUUCUAUUACGGCUACGCAAUUUGUCGAACGUGUUGAAGCUGUUAUGUCUGUAUAUGCGUGGCCCGAAAAAAGUGUGCUUCUUGCAGUGUAUAGCCGUUUGAAGGGUGUAGCGCGCAUGUGGGUGGACGCAUCACCAAGAAUGCAUGCUACUUGGAAGGAGUUCUCAAAUGAGCUUGUCACCGAGUUCGGACGACGUCAUAAUCUUAGUGAGAUGGCUAUCACGAAAUACGCCCGAGAAGGAUUAAAACAUCGAGAACUACAAAUGGCGAUUGCUUCGCAAAAAUUCGUAUCCGUUAAAGAAAUGCGUGAAGCAUGCGAGAACUUUUUACAAAAUUGCAUUAAGAUAAACGAAAAGCCUUUUCAUAAUGCGGGUGAAAGCGAACAAAGAAUACAAUCGUUCAUUAAGGCAAAGAAUGUUAUGUGUUACAAUUGUGGUAAGUCAGGGCACUUGUCAGUAAAUUGUGCAAGACUCCCAAAACGUCCUCGUUGUAUAGAUUGUAAUAAGGUGCACCCCAAAAAUGAACAGCAAAAUUGCGGAAAACCAUCAGCUUUCGUGCGAAAAACAAAUAUUAUCGACAAUAAAUUUCUUAAGAAAAUAACGAUUGGUGGCAAGCAAGCCAUUGCAUUUAUUGAUACUGGAAGCGAAUGUAAUAUGGUCCGGUUAACAUUUGCCAACGAUAUUGGUGGUACGCGCAGCAAAAACCUACUUACCAUCGGUGGAUUCGGUGGUAGUAUAGAACGAUCUGAGAUACAAAUCGAUACGGAUUUGAAAAUCGAUGAGGUUGAAAAACCGUUGACUUGCACGUCUUCAAAGAUUUUCAAAUUCGAAGACAAAGUAAAAACGACGUGUAAAAUUAAUAAACUUAGUCCAAUAACGGAAGAUGACGUGUGUAUGGACACUGUAAAUUCAGGUUCUAAGGGAAAGCUGUUAGAGGUGAUGAAUGAAUUCCGAGAAUGUUUCGCUACAGCUCCGUCUGAAUCAAGUUAUGCGAGUCCAAUGUUGCUUGUGAAGAAAAAGAAUGGCGAACAUCGACUUUGCGUGGACUACCGUCGGAUUAAUCAAUUCACUCGAAAAGAAUGCUACCCAAUGCCCAAUAUCGAAGAAAGUUUACAAGAAGCAACGAAGUAUCGAAUCCACAUAUCGUUAGAUCUUAACUGUGGUUAUUAUCAAAUUCCUAUAGAACGUAACAGUCGUAAAUAUACUGCAGUUGAGGUUCCUGAUGGUCUAUACGAGGUUAAACGGAUGCUGUUCGGGCUGAAGAACGCACCAGUCCUGUUUCUACAAUUGAUGGCGAAAAUUAAAACGCGCUUGGAACCCAGCGAUAUGAUUCACUACAUGGACGAUAUGCUUGUCGGCGGCAACGAUGAAGAAGAACUUCUCGGAAAUUCAGAAGUGGGAUCCAACGGGAUAACGCCGGGUGAAAUCAAGACCGAAGUCAUAAGAAAUUUCAGCAUGCCUACAACGCAAACAGAGGUAUGGCGCUAUUUAGGGUUAACGGGAUAUUUCCGCAAGUUUAUACCAGGCUACGCAAUUAUAUCCGAACCGUUGCGACAAUUACUUAAGAAAAACGCCGUCUUUAAAUGGGCAGAUCAACAAACAAACGCCUUUUUGAGUCUAAAUGAAGCACUAACAACCGGACCAGUAUUAACGGGCUACCGAGUGGAAGCUGAUCAUCAAGUGCAUACAGACGCGAGUGCCAUCGGACUCGCAGGUGUUUUACUCCAAAAUGACAACGGAGAUUGGAAGCCGGUGGCGUACUUUAGUCGAUCUACCACACCGCUGAAAAGGAAAUAUCACAGUUACGAAUUAGAAACGCUUGCAGUUGUCGAAUCUGUGGACCGCUUCAAAUAUAACAUCUAUGGAAAGUCGUUUACGGUCAUUACCGAUUACAAUGCUGUAAAAUUGGCCAUGCAGAAGCGAGAAAUGAUACCUCGUAUAGCCAGAUGGUGGCUUCGUAUCCAAGACUAUGACCUCAUCAUCAAACAUCGAAGCGAGCAACGAAUGACGCACGUCGACGCACUAAGUCGUAUGCCUAACGAAGACGGUUGCGAUCUUGAGGAAGCGACUUUGCGAGUCUGGAAGGCGGAAAUAACUGAGGCAGAUUGCCUUUACAGUAUGCAAUUACAAGAUAGCAAACUUCAACAAGUCGUAAUGAAAAUUGAGGAGAAGGAUGCACACAUUAUUGACGACUAUAAAAUAAUUAACGGACGACUGUACAAACGGUAUAAAAACCAACGGUAUAAUACCAAAGGCUUUGCGAUGGAAGGUGACACAUGA